AUGGCUCCAGACCUAAACUCACUCCCACCAUCACCAACCCUACGACGUACACCAGACAACAUGACAAGCACUACCGAACACCACCCGUCACCGCAUUCGCCGUCGCUCUCGUCACUGCAAGCUGCAGCAGCCAUCAAUGCCGGCAUGCGCAACUCCAAUUCUCCACGCGCCACCCAGACCCAACGCAGAAGAUCCAGUCUCAUGACGAAUUUACAUCUCAAUGAUGCCCAAAUGCCCGGUCCUGGCGAGAUUCAAGACCCAACCCAUCAUCACCGUGCCCCCAGCUUGGGUCAGAUGCAUCAAGAGCUGGAGAAUGAGCAAGAACAUCAAGUCAAUAGACUGCUGCACAUGAUCCGCCUACAGCAAGACCAAAUCGAUGAGCUGCACGCUGAUCCUUCCACUACUGCUUCCGCUUCGGACUCCGACACUCGCCCACGCACCCUAUCGAGCUCGAGCAGACAGCAACCACUGCCUCAACGUCCAGUAUCCUUAUCGCGACAUUCAUCUCAGGCCGUCUCUGUAACCAGUGGCCCCAGAAGCAGUAGCAGAUCGCCCGCUCUCCGUCCCGUUGCCUCCCCAUACGACUCUCAGCGUGAAGAUUGGCUGCUCGGCGCAAAUCGCGAUGAGAGCGCUUUCUACCAAGCCGAGACGCAGAUGUUGACCCGAGAGAAUCAGAUGCUCAAGGCCCGAAUCCGUGAACUUGAGCGUCAACUUGCCCACCCUGACUCAUCCCCUACGCACCAUCAACCACCCACACCUCAUAGUCCUGCUGUCAUCUCCCCUUUGACGAGUCCACCUGUCAUCUCUGAGCCUACUCGUCGACUUCACCAAGAGCCGUGA